UUUUAUUGAUAUUCAGUUAAAUGGGAAAUUGAGGCAGUUACUGUUGUCCAGGAGACGAGAAAGGCGAGUUCAAAGAAGGUGACAUCACCAAAUCUGAAGGCCAAGGUCGCAACUCCUUAUCCAAAAAGAAAAGGAAGCAGGGCAAAGGAGCCGGCAGCAACAUCAACAUGGAGUAUAAGGGCAAAAUAGUUGAGAAUUACGAGAAAGUUAGCAAAAGCAGAGGCACAGGCAGGGAGGCAAAAUCAGAAGUCAAGCUCAAAUCUGGUGCUAAAUACACUGGAGAGUGGCUUGACGAUAAGAGAGAUGGCUGGGGAGUCCAGAUCUGGAAGGAUGGAUCCAGGUAUGAAGGAACUUGGCUGGACGAUAAAGCCCACGGUUAUGGAAAACUGUACCAUGCAGAUGGUGAUGUGUAUGAGGGAGAGUGGAAAGACGAUAAAGCACAUGGCAAAGGAAAAUAUAUACAUGCCAAUGGUGCUACUUAUAAAGGAGACUGGGAGAAUGACAAACAGCAUGGAUUUGGAGUCGAAACCUGGCCUGACAAUGCUCGGUAUGAAGGAAAUUAUAACGAGGGAAAGAAAGAAGGCAAAGGAAAACUCUUCUUUGCUGACAACUCUGUCUAUGAAGGAGAGUUCAGAGAUAAUGAAAUUAAUGGAACUGGAGUCUAUGAAUGGACUGACGGUAAAAAAUACACAGGAACAUGGAUCAAUAAUAAAAUGUCCGGAAAAGGUAAGCUCCAGUGGCAAGACGGAAAGUGAUAUGAGGGUGAAUUCAAAGAUGACAGAAGGCAUGGCCAAGGUAAAUUCAAAUGGACAGACGGUAGAAUCUACGAAGGUGGAUGGAAAGCAGGCAAACAGCAUGGCCAGGGUAUCUUCAUAAGUCAGGAUGGAGAGGAAAAGAAAGGUGAAUGGAAAGAUGGAAAAAGAAUAAAAUGGAUCAGUGAUUAAAUUUUGAUUAUCACCCUCCGCUUAAUUUUCUAACUGAUCGCUUCA